CUGGUCUGCAUCUCGUUACUGAGUAUGAUAGCCGCUCCAGUGCAUUCGUUCUCAUGCUGCCCCGAAGAGGUCUGCAUAACGAGGUCGAUGGGUCGACCCAGCCCAUCGAACUCCUUCCUCGGUAUGUCUUCGUCCUAGCGCUGUCCGCGGGGAUGACCCUGUGUACCCUCACCACCGUCUUCAAGUGGGACAACGUCAAGCGCGACGCCGGCCACGGCACUAUGUUCAUGGUGUUCUUCUGUUGGUUCGUCUGGUCUGUGUCCGUGCUAUGCAACACGUUCGUUGUCUUCGCGACCGGUCAAGUGGACACGCUCGCCAACUCGACCAUCCGUCGCAUCUCGUUCUUCUCGGAAGUGUUCUUCAAUGCGAUCUCCAUGUGGUUCAUGGUGGCGUCCUACGAGUUCCAGCGUCGUGCCCUGCAUCCCCGCACCCCUCGAAGCAACCACGCAUGUCUCAUCUGGUACAUGCUGGUCAUCGGUGGGGUCUCUGUCGCCAUGUUGGUGGCGCUGGCUGUUGUCGAGUACGUUGGAUCCGCCGUCGUCAGUGCCGACGGCAGUCACAUGGGACCAGUGUCCGCCCUGCUCCUGUCCAGACUGUCAUGGGGUACAUGGGGGCUGCGAUGGCUAGCCGUCGUGUACCCCGCCGCGAUGGCUUUCUGGCUCAACCUCCGGCGCGACCGACUGCUCGUACAGGGACUACCCAAAGCGCUGACCCUCAUCGUCGUGUGCUUCUUCGUGCUCAAUCUGCCGUACCUGGUGCUGGACACUCUUGUGGAGCUGGACAUGCUUCAACUGGACUCGAACAUGGGGCUCAAGGUCCGGGGACUGUCCAAGACGGUCAGCUACACGAGCGGCGUGGCCAUUUCGCUCGUGAUGGGGUUCUCCGUCCGGGGCUUCGACGCGUUCUACCUCCCCGCGCCCCCCCGCUCGUCCUUGCCGUCCCGACGCACACAGCAACCCACCCCCAGCACGAGCCAACGCUCCUUCUUUGUCAUGUCGGACAGCUCCGUUUAACGAUAUUCUAUCUCCAUAAGACCACGUCUUAUGAAUGAUAAGACAAACUCAAUUAACCAUAAGACCACGUGGUUUUAUCCAAC